CCGCCCGGCCGCCGCCCUCAGCGCGGCGGCGCGGGCCCGCUUGGGCCCGGGCUCCGGCUCCCGCUGCUCAGCCUCCGCCGCAGGCCUUGCCGAUUCUAUGGGCCGGCCGCGGUAGCGGCGUCUGGGCAGAAGCGGAGUUUAUUAAUAACCCGCGGCCGCCACUCUAGGCGGCGGAGCUUUUCUCGUUGAGGACUCAACCCCCCCAACUUGUCUCUGAGCGAUGCGCCCCGCCUGUUUCCCUCAGGGGACCGCCAAGGGGAGGGAGUGAAAGAGGGGAGGGUGGAGCCCUCGGGAACCUUGGCCGCGUUUCUCGGCCUGACCUCCGCGCGGAGCGAGUCCCCGGGCGCCGCCGAGGCAGAGUUCCGCCGCCUGGGACGCCGGGCCCACGGGCCACACCAGGCCGCAGCGGGGGCGCCGGGGACAGGGCUGGCCCAGGCCCUCCCAGGACCCCGCCUGCCGGUCUCACCUAGCGCUUCCUUCCCAUGCGUAUCGUGGGCAGAUUGUUUCCCCCUCACUCUUUUAUUAAAAAAAAAAAAAAAAAGUUACUGAGGUCUAAUAUCGGAUAUUAGGAAUUUACCAUUUUAUCCUCCCUUUUCUCCAGUUUUGGCCAAAAGAGUGAACAAAUCUUUGUAGAAGAUGUUGUUAGCCCAAAUAAAUCGAGAUUCUCAGGGAAUGACAGAGUUUCCUGGAGGAGGGAUGGAGGCGCAACAUGUUACCCUGUGCUUGACAGAGGCAGUCACCGUGGCAGAUGGUGACAACUUAGAAAAUAUGGAAGGCGUAAGCUUGCAAGCAGUAACACUUGCAGAUGGUUCUACUGCUUACAUACAACACAAUUCCAAAGAUGGAAAACUCAUAGAUGGCCAGGUCAUUCAGUUGGAAGAUGGUUCUGCUGCCUAUGUUCAACAUGUACCCAUACCUAAAAGUACAGGGGACAGUUUGCGUCUAGAGGAUGGUCAAGCAGUACAGUUAGAAGAUGGUACCACAGCAUUUAUUCACCAUACCUCCAAAGAUAGUUAUGACCAGAGUGCAUUACAGGCAGUUCAGCUGGAAGAUGGCACCACAGCUUAUAUCCACCACGCAGUGCAAGUCCCGCAGUCUGACACCAUCUUGGCAAUUCAGGCUGAUGGGACGGUGGCAGGUCUGCACACUGGGGAUGCUACAAUUGACCCUGACACCAUCAGUGCUUUGGAACAGUAUGCAGCAAAGGUGUCCAUUGAUGGAAGUGAAAGUGUAACAGGUACUGGAAUGAUUGGAGAAAAUGAGCAAGAGAAAAAAAUGCAGAUUGUUUUACAAGGACAUGCUACAAGAGUAACUGCUAAAUCUCAACAGAGUGGAGAGAAGGCAUUUCGAUGUGAAUAUGAUGGAUGUGGAAAAUUAUAUACAACAGCUCAUCAUCUCAAGGUCCAUGAGAGGUCACACACAGGAGAUCGGCCUUAUCAGUGUGAGCAUGCAGGCUGUGGGAAGGCAUUUGCAACAGGUUAUGGAUUAAAAAGUCAUGUCAGAACUCAUACAGGAGAAAAGCCAUAUCGGUGUUCAGAAGAUAAUUGUACUAAAUCUUUCAAAACUUCAGGAGAUCUACAGAAACACAUCAGAACUCAUACAGGAGAAAGGCCCUUUAAGUGUCCCUUCGAAGGCUGCGGUCGGUCCUUUACAACAUCAAAUAUCAGAAAAGUGCACGUUAGGACACACACAGGAGAAAGACCUUAUUACUGCACAGAGCCAGGAUGUGGGAGGGCAUUUGCCAGUGCAACAAAUUAUAAAAACCAUGUGAGGAUACACACAGGGGAAAAGCCAUAUGUUUGUACAGUUCCUGGGUGUGACAAAAGGUUUACAGAAUAUUCCAGUUUGUACAAACAUCAUGUUGUCCACACUCAUUCCAAACCUUACAACUGUAACCACUGUGGGAAGACAUACAAGCAGAUCUCCACGCUGGCCAUGCACAAACGGACAGCCCACAACGACACUGAGCCCAUCGAGGAGGAGCAGGAAGCCUUCUUUGAGCCGCCCCCAGGUCAAGGUGAAGAUGUUCUUAAAGGGUCCCAGAUUACCUAUGUUACAGGUGUAGAAGGGGACGACGUUGUUUCUACACAAGUUGCCACAGUAACCCAAUCUGGGCUGAGUCAACAAGUUACACUCAUAUCCCAAGAUGGGACUCAGCAUGUCAACAUAUCUCAAGCUGACAUGCAGGCCAUUGGCAACACCAUCACAAUGGUAACGCAGGAUGGCACGCCCAUCACAGUCCCUGCCCAUGACGCAGUCAUCUCCUCAGCAGGAACACACUCUGUUGCUAUGGUUACUGCUGAGGGUACAGAAGGGCAACAGGUUGCAAUUGUAGCUCAAGACUUGGCAGCAUUCCAUACUGCCUCAUCAGAAAUGGGGCACCAGCAGCAUAGCCAUCACUUAGUAACCACAGAAACCAGACCUCUGACCUUAGUAGCAACAUCCAAUGGCACCCAGAUUGCAGUUCAGCUUGGAGAACAGCCAUCUCUGGAAGAAGCCAUCAGAAUAGCGUCUAGAAUCCAACAAGGAGAAACGCCUGGGUUGGAUGAUUAAUCCUCAGAGCAAUGGAGCAAUAAAGCAGGAGGAGUCUUUCAUCUUCUGGCAGCAGAAAUCCAUGAAGCCUGGGCCCAGGAAAAUUAGAAGUUUGCCAUUCCUGAUACACUGUACACAUUUUUAUGUGAGAGUGGAGAACAUUUUAUUCUUGACACUUUUGUGUAUAUAACCCUUGGAAUAGAUUCUCAGAGUGAUUCAUUGUGUACAAGGAAGUAUGAAAUUAGGGCAAUACAGUAAAUUUUCAUGUUACUCUUUUAUCAGAUCACAAACUCCUAGAGUCUACAUGCAAGACUAGUAAAGUCUUAUGGAGUCUUACGAUGGAUUUUUAACUUCCCGUGGAAAAAAAAAAGGCUGUAUCUAAAAUAUCAAAGGUUCUAUAUGUCACACAAUCGUAAUUCCAAAAGCCAUUAUGGAUAAUAAAGGAUGUAAAGCCUUCAGAUAUUUCCCCAGUUAGUAGAGUGUCUGCGGUUUUUGUUCUACUAUAUGUUUGUCCAUUUUUAUUUGUAUCUCAUGGUUUGCAGACUAUUUGAAUAAUUUAUAGUUUCCCAUCCCUGUUAAAAACCAGCUCUUCAAGCUGAAAUGGUAAUUAUAUUGGCAUUACAUUGAAUUACGUACAAAAUUAUAAAAUUUGGUUAUUUAAAAUUAAAAAGUUAAAUCCAGUGGUUUUGUUAAAUAUUUUGCUUAGUAUUCAGUUUUUAUUACUGUUUUUUUAAAAUAAUGAAUUAUCAAAGUUUAACCACAGGCUGGUGCCCGGGAUAACAGUACUGUAAUUGGAAAUGGCUUUACUCUGAAAAUUAGGUUAGUGGGUUGGUGUAAAUUAUUUAUUUUUGCUUAUGUACUUUUGUUUUAAAGCUUAUUUACCCCAAAGUUUAUUAUUAAUUUUGAAUACAGCAAUUUUUAAAAUGUUA